AUGGUUCGGCGUCUCAGAGCACGGUUCAAGUCAUUGUUCAGAAGGAACCGCCCACAAUCUCAGCAGGACCAAUCUCAGCAGGACCAAUCUCAGCAGGACCAAUCUCAGCAGGACCAAUCUCAGCAGGACCAAUCUCAGCAGGACCAAUCUCAGCAGGACCAAUCUCAGCAGGACCAAUCCCAACAUGGAAAACCGCAGCCGGAGCUUCCUGAAAAUCAGGUCACGCAGAACGGGCGCACACCUGGCCUCUCCGAUCAGGCCGACAUAGUCGACGAGGCACUUCCUAACAACCCAGAGCCACCGGAUCAUUGGCAGAUCGCCUAUAACAAACUGAACGAGAGCGAAAAGCGUCAUUUGUCAGGUGUGCAAUUUGCUGCUCAAUCCUCCAGCAGCAAGGAUAACGACGUUCCCGGCCCUUUGAGAACAGAGGGGAUCUUAAGCCAGGUUGUCCAGACAACAAGAGAGCAAUAUCAGGAAUAUCAAAAGGGAGGCUUAGUGAUCAAACGGUCGGGUACUGAGGAUAUUUACAUUCGAGAAAUUUCUCAGAAAAUUCUCAGUUGCACAUUGUCUUUUAAGGAUGUUAUUACCAAUAUCGUGGCAUUCGACCCUACCGGACAUGCAUCGAGUGCGUGGGCGGUCGUGUCGCUUGGAUUGACGUCGAAAGUCUACAACCAGGAAAAGGAACAUGCGAUCGUUCGAGUCUACGUGGCUGUCUUGCGCUACGCAGCCGAGGUACGCUCCAUUCAACAGUCCACCAUAGGAAAAGGGAUACUGGCAAGUCUCACUGGGAUCACCGACAAACCGCUCACCGCGCUUAAAUCUGCCAUUAAAGAGGAGGAAAUGGACCUGAAACUAUGGCUCCUACUCGAUCAGCACCUCCACUGUAAACAGGAAGCCGAAGACAUUCUAGCCCAGUCUGACAUGAUGCUGUCAGCCAUCCACGAUCUCGCCGAGGAAGUCGAUCUCUCAAGGCUACCCGUCGCUGACGGGGCUUCGCAUAACUCGUUUGCUGAACAGCAUGAAGAUGAAUGCCUUCCCGGAACGAGAACGGAGCUACUUCAACGCGUGAUGGACUGGGCAGCCUCCCCAGACUGUCCAUCCAUAUUCUGGUUGAGUGGUAUGGCUGGAACCGGGAAGUCUACUAUAUCACGGAGUGUGGCCAAGUCCCUCAAGGCCCAAAACGUGCUUGGGGCCAGCUUCUUCUUCAAGAGGGGUGAAGAGGACCGCAUGAAUGCUAUCAAGCUUAUCCCAACAAUCACACGACAGCUGGCCGCUAGCAUCCCCGGAAUGAUACCGGGUGUCAGGAAAGCAGUAGAGCGCGAUCCUUUCAUUGCGACGAGAUCACUUAGUGAGCAAUUUCACAAACUUCUGCUGCAGCCACUACUUCGCUUGAAUCAGCAUCAACAGACUCCGAUUGCAGUGGUGAUUAUCGAUGCCCUGGAUGAGUGCGAAUCAGACGAAGACAUACAAACGCUUAUUAAGCUGUUGCCCAAAAUGUCAAAGAUUGUGCGAUUAUUCUUGACAAGCCGGCCCGAAUUAUCGAUUCACUUUAGCUUUGGUUUCCUUGAACAAAGUGACUAUCAGCCCGUCGCUCUCCAAAAUGUUCCCGAAGAGCAGAUCUGGCGUGAUAUGACCUUAUUCCUUGAGAACAAAUUCUCAGUCAUCCGGAAAGACCGAUCUCUUACUCCGGAAUGGCCUGGGGAAAAUAGGAUCCACGAUAUAGUCGCUAUGGCUGUCCCACUGUUUAUCUUCGCAGCUACCAUAUGCCGCUUUGUUGGUGAUCUAAAAUGGAAUCCAGAAAGACGUCUCGAGAAGUUCUUCCAAGACCCCGGGCUGACGUCUGCAUCUAAGAUGGACAGAACAUACCAACCGAUUUUAAAUCAACUUGUUGCUGGCCAGGAUCGAGAUGAUUCAGAGGAGCUGGUGGAAGAGUUCCAAAGGAUCAUAGGCGUGAUCAUCCUAUUAGCUACUCCGCUGUCUGUCAGUGCCCUUGCACAGCUUAUUGACAUGCCCGAGGAAGAUAUCAGCAACCGACUGGAUUCAUUCCGUUCCGUUCUCCACAUCUCCAGCGAUCCCAAACUUCCUAUCAGAAUUUUGCAUUUGUCAUUCAGGGACUAUCUUGUGAACAAUUCCACCAAGCUGAACGAACGGACCUUUAAAUUCUGGGUGGACGAGGAAGAGAAAAAUGGGCAGAUAGCUUCCCAGUGCCUUGACGUCAUGCACUGUCGUCUAAAGAAGAAUAUUUGCAAUUUACCAAAUGAUGGGACCCGGUGGACGGAGCUGGAUAGCACUAUCAUUGACCGAAAUCUUCCAGCAGAACUUCAAUACUCUUGCCGUUAUUGGGUCCAUCACUUGGUGCAAAGCCACGUUUCUGCCACAGAUAAUAUUCUGUUAUUCCUGGAGGAGCAUUUCCUCCACUGGCUGGAAUCAAUGUGUAUUUUGGGGAUUAUAUCAGAGAGCGUGAAUAUGAUAACUUCAUUGCAGUCUUUUACUCAGAACAAGGAAAACUUGAGAAUGUCAGAGUUUCUCCACGAUGCGAGACGAUUCAUCCUGAAGAACAUGCAAAUGAUGGAUACAGCACCACUUCAACUAUACUGCUCAGGGCUCAUUUUUGUGCCACGUCAUACAACUAUCAGAAAGACCUUUGACAAACAGAUACCUGAUUGGAUCUGCAGACUGCCAGAGGUAGAAUCGGCCUGGAGUGCAGAAAUCCAGACGCUAGAAAGCCAUUCAAACAAUGUUAGUUCCGUGGUAUUCUCACCGGACGGAAACCUUCUGGCCUCGGGCUCCAGGGACGGUACAGUCAAGCUUUGGAACUCCACUACGGGGUACCUCCAAUCAACUCUGGAAGGCCAUUCAAAGCCAGUUCUUUCAACAGCAUUUUCACGAGAUGGCGCGCUUAUUCUUUCUACUUCCGCUGACCAUACUCUCAACAUUUGGGAUGCUACGGGAACCCUCAAACACACAUUAAGGGGUCAUUCGGGUUCGGUUUUCUCUGGAGUAUUCUCGUCAAAUUGCAAUAUUAUUGCUUCCUGCUCUGCAGACACCACAGUUAGGGUGUGGAAUACAGAAGGAUCUCUGCAACAUACGCUAAGAGGCCAUUCGAAAGAUGUCAUAUCUGUGGCAUUCUCGCCAGAUGGUAAGCUCAUAGCUUCUGGCUCUGAAGAUUGUACCGUCAAGCUAUGGGAUUCAGCUACAGGAAACCUUCGCCGUACACUGGAAGGCCAUUUGAAUGAGGUCUAUCCUGUGUUCUCACCGGUGCUAUUCUCACCGGAUGGUAAGCUUAUUGUCUCUUGCGAUAGAGACGGGGCAGUUAGGCUCUGGGAUACGACAGGGGCUCUACAACAUACCUUAACUUACCAUUCGCGUGAAGUCCGUUCUGCCGUGUUCUCGCCGAAUGAUCAUACACUUCUGGCCACCGGUUCUUUUGAUGGCACAAUCAAGUUGUGGGAUACCAGCAAAGGAACGCUGCAAAGUAAUUUAGACGCUGACAAUGGCUGGGUCCUAAGUCUGGCUUUUUCGCUCGAUGGAAAGCAACUGGCAGCCGGAUAUUUGGAUAACAUAGUCAAGGUCUGGGACGUUGAAACAAGAGCAUUGCAUUGCACUCUUAGAGGACAUUCGGACAGAGCUAUCAAGGUGGUAUUCUCACCAGCCGGCAGGCUUCUCGCCUCUGGCUCUUGGGAUAAUACAAUAAAGCUCUGGGACACUACUAGAGCCGAUACCCAGCCUGUGCAAGAACGCCAUUUGGGUGAAAUUGCAAUGGCGGCAUUUUCACCAAACGGAAAAAUAACCGCCUCUUCAUCUGAUGAUGGGUACCUCAAGCUCUGGGAUGUCAAGACAGGAAGCCUGCAACAUAACCUCCAGAUUCCAUCUCAAUCCCGCCACGAGGGUGAUAUGGUAUUUUCCCCAGAUAGCAAGCUCUUGGCCUUCAAGGGAUAUCAUACACUCAAGGUCUGGGACACCAACACGGGAAUUCUUCAAAUGACCGGUAAUAUCCGGCCAGAUGAAAACGAUAUGGUGAAAUUUCCACUCGAUAGCAAGCUUGUGGCGUUCAUAAACCGUUUCGGCCACAUCGGCAAGCCUCGGGAUCUUGACACGCGUGUCACUGGGACUGAAUACUACAAUAAAAUGGCUGAUCGCAUGAAUCUUUCGCCGGAUAAUAAACUAGUGGCAUGUUAUUCCGACAAGAUUAUCAAGUGUUGGGAUGUUGCCACAGGAACCCUGCAAUAUAUCCUAAACGAUCCUUCGGAUUCGGAUUCAGUCCCAGUUCUCAAAUUCUCGCCAGACAGCAAACUUGCGGCUUUCUACUUUCGGAAUUACAUGAUCAAGUCAAGCUCGUCCAAAGGGAUGUGGGAUGUGUCCUUCUACACCAACGAUAAGGCAGUCAAGCUCUUGGACGCCAGCAAUGGGACCCUGCUAGAUGCUCUGGAGGGUCAUUCGGAUUGCCUUACUACUGUGAAGUUCUCAGGAGAUGGCAAUUCACUGGCAUCUGGCUCCCUAGAUGGCAUAGUGAAGCUCUGGGACCUCCUCGCAAGAACCCUGCAGCACACUUUUGCAGGUCAUACGGAUGCAAUUACAGACGUGGCUCUCUCAUCCGACGGCAAGCUCGUCGCUUCCAGUUCCAACGAUAAGACAAUCAAGCUCUGGGAUGCCGAUACAGGAGAAAUGCAGCAUUCGUUCGCUGUUGAAGAUGUGGCAAACGACCUGCAAUUCUCGACGGAUCGCCCGGUGACCACGGACUGGUUGAAUGCUCUGUUGUACUUUCAACAGACUCUCGGGGGCCAUUCACAUUGGGUUCGGUCGGUGGCCUUCUCGCCCGACGGCCGGCUACUGGCGUCCGGCUCGGAUGAUAGGAUAGUCCGGCUCUGGGACACGGCAACAGGCGCGCUACAACAGACGCUCGAGGGACAUUCACAUUGGGUUCGGUUGGUAGCUUUCUCGCCCGACGGCCAGCUGCUAGCGUCCGGCUCUGAUGACAGGACAAUCCGGCUCUGGGACACGACGACCGGGGCUCUACAACAGACCAUGAGCAUCGACGGAAUGGUCACUGACCUCGAGUUCUCUCAAGAUGGUUCAUCUCUCAGCACCAACCUAGGUUCCCUCGAUAUUCAGCCUAGGUGUGGCAUUUAUGUCUCUGAUUCACCCAAGACGGGUCUAGAGAUACGCAUACAGCGGGGAAACUGGAUAGCUUUGAACGGGAAACAAGUAUUAUGGCUUCCUCUAGUUUGUACCGACAUAGAUUUUCCAUCAAAUGAAGACUUCCCGUCUGCUGCGGUGACAGGAAGACAGUUACCAGUGUCAAUCAAAGGCACUAGGAAGCAAGAAUCAACUCAAGAACCACCUAUUUCAAUCAAAGCCAAGAAUUCGAAAAGGCCAAAACAAUACCGUAUCUUCCCAGACUUCGGUACAGACUUUCUGUGGCGAGAGUUGGAUGAUAUCUGCCGCGAUGACUCUGAUGAUGACUAUUGUCUCGAAUCUGAAGAUUUACUCAAAUCACCUUCAUUUCCUCCGUCAUUGCUGGAACUUUAUGAUGAAUGGGUAAAGACAUACAAUGUGAACUUCGACAGGCGAUUAAACAAGCCUGGUAAUUUCCAGGCCUCAGUGUUCGCCACCGUUUCUGAAUAUGUGGCCUGGAAUGUGGCAGGUUAUUUACUGGUUUGGUGA